UGUCAAAUCAAACAACAGAAAAAAAAGUAACAGGGUGUCUGAAGUAAUGGAUUUAAUUUAAUGAAAUUAUUAUUUAUUAGUCUUUAUUAUAUUCAAAAGCGUGAUUUUGUGAUACUUAGCGUAAUAAUACGUGUGAUGAAAACAUCUUCGAAUCUCCAACAACAAUUUGAGGUUAUAUUAUUGUUUUAAACAAAACCGGAGGACGCACUGAUAAUUUUCUUAUAAGUUCUGCAAUAAAAAAAUAUCUCAGACGUGUAGUAUUAAGCAAAAUUAUAAAAGAACAAGUGUAACUUUCAUGUAGAUAAAUUAAAUAAGCAAUUAAACUGAGCCAUCAAGUGUUGUGAAGAGCUGUGUUUUUAUAUAGAAUAAUAAUGAGGACGUACGCAAGGAAGCGUCCAAGCAACCAGCUAAUUGAAGAUGUACAUGAACUCUGCCGACUGUGUCUGAACAAGGCUAUGGAGGCCAUGCCUAUCUUCACUAAUGAUUCAGAUACUGUCUGUGCUACGUUAGCAAUCAGGAUCAUGAUUUGUGUGGGCUUGGAGGUAACAAGAGAAGAAUGUUUACCGAACAUGGUGUGUAUAGACUGCUAUAAUGAAUUAAACAAAUAUUACACAUUUAGGAAGAAGUGUGAAGCUACAUAUCAAAAACUUAAGUCUCACGUUCUAGCAGUGAAAGAGAAACAGUACAAGCAGAAGAUUCUGAUGGAUGUAGAAAAUAAGAAGAAGUUGGAAGCGGAAAGUAAAGAACAACUGAAGUUUGUGGUAACUUUUGACAAGGAACAGUAUGAUGAAGUACACGAAGUGUUAAACUUAAAUGGUGUGGCACAAGUUAAUAACUUUGUAGAUAAAUUACCCGAAUUAGAUAAAGUUGAGAGUAUAGAAGAAGAUAAAGAAACGGAAACUCUUGAAACAAUUAAUGAAGAACAACAAUCAGAAGACUUAGAAUCAUCGAAGCCUGACAUAAAUACAUUCCUAUCGACAAUGUUACUAGAGCUAGGUAUACUGACACAGCAUGACAAUGGCCUGGAGUUGACCAAUCAGAAUAUCAAGUCUUUGGAGCUGGAGACUGGAGACGGGAGUCAGAUUACACUGGAACUGAUGGAGGAAGAUGAUGUUGAGGAACAAGAACAGGCACAAGAAUCAGUAGACAAAAAUGAGGCGCCAAGUACAAUAGGGAUAAAAGAAGAAAGUGUUAUCAAACAAGAAGACAUUGUAACAAAAUACAUUGUAACUAAUACUGUUGCCAAGAAGGAAGCGAAAGGUGACAAGAAGAAUAAACUCUUAAAUACGGGGUCCUGGUGCGAGGAGUGUGGCAAGCGCCUCGCGUCCAAGAGUGCGCUGACUCGUCACAUGCGCAUCCAUUCCGGGGAGAAACCCUUCACUUGUGAUAUGUGCGGCCGACGGUUCGCGCAGAGAGAGGUCAUGCUACGACAUCUACUGGUGCAUGAAGAGCGGCGGCCCUACCCGUGUUCGUCGUGCGAGAAGAGUUUCACCCAGCGCGGGGCUCUGGAGGCCCACGCGCGUGCGCACGCGCCGCCCUCCGCGCGACCGCUGGCGCUGCAUCGCUGCGACCGCUGUCCCAAGGUCUUCCUGCACUCCUCCGGUCUGAGCCGGCACAUGAUGAUGCACAACGGUCGCGUGUACAUGUGUGGAGCGUGCGAGAGAGAGUUCAAGGACAAGAGCUCCUUACUGCGCCAUCUGCGCAACGCCAACCACGCCCCUCGCGGCGCCCCGCCCACCUGAUCCAUGAAGAUCCUACGAAGGACAUGUCUCAGUGCAAUCUAACAUUGUCAGCAAGUUUCCAAGCCGUAGGCUGUGAUAGUUACACAUCUCUCUGUAGCCUAGCCAUCGAAAUGCGUUGACUUGAUACAUAGUUCAUAAGGUGGGUUCAGACAAGAUUUCAGUUGUUACGAGCGAUGUCUACAUGUAUUAAAUGAUGUGCCAAAUCAUCGAGCUCGCUACAUCACAACAACCGAUAUUUGUACGAGAAAACGAAAACAUAUUGUGGCAGACGUUAUAGUAGUACAAUUUUGCCUUAUGAAAUAAUAUUUGAGUGUAGAUCUCAUUAUCUGCUGAUCGUGUCGCUGUCAUAGAAUUGAGGCACAAGUUUCUAAUGUUAGCUUAUAUUUAUUCUGAUGAAGUGAACUAAAUCAAUGAUAUACAAUAAUAUAUUUCGUGGCCAUUAUCAAAUGAUUUGUAAAUCAGUUAACAUUUGUAAUAUAGUUGUAUGCAAUAAGAAUAUUAUAAAAUAUGGUCUCACAUAUAAGACCACAGAUGUAUUUUAUGACAAUUAGAAGGAAUUAUUUUAAGAAAUAAAACACUAUAAUUUAUUUA